AUGCACGUGGUUGCUGACCAAGCUGGGCCAGAGCUGGAGUUUGAGGAGGCGUGCUUGGAGGAAAUACAUGAAGAUGGCAGUGAAGAGGCUGGCAUGAAGGAGGCACUGAAGCAAUGCAGGGGGCUGGGCAAGAGAUCGGACUGCCAGAGGAGCACCCAUGGCUGUGGCAAGCCUGCAUAUUUGCCAAAUACCUCUCGGGUAGUUGGAGGUGUGGAUGCUAGACCCCACAGUUGGCCAUGGCAGGUCUCCCUCCAGUACAACAAGAACGGUGCCUGGGCCCACACUUGCGGCGGGACCCUGAUUGGAUCCAACUGGGUCUUGACGGCUGCCCACUGCAUCAGCUCCAGUCGGACCUAUCGUGUUCUCCUGGGCAAACAGAACCUCAAAGAAGAAGAACGCGGUUCCGUGGCCGUAGCGGUGGAGAAACUGAUCGUGCAUGAGAAAUGGAACUCCUUCCUGAUUGUGAACGACAUUGCUCUUCUCAAGCUUGCCGAACACGUCGAAUUCAGUGACACGAUCCAGCCCUCUUGCCUGCCCGACGCAGACACCUUGCUGGCCCAGGAUUACCCCUGCUACAUCACCGGAUGGGGACGCCUAUAUACUAACGGUCCCAUCUCCGACGACCUUCAACAGGCUCUGCUGCCCAUAGUAGAUCACCAGACUUGCUCCCAGCGUGGCUGGUGGGGUUCCACGGUCCGGACCACAAUGGUGUGUGCAGGAGGAGAUGGUGUCACUUCAGGGUGCAAUGGGGAUUCUGGUGGUCCCUUGAACUGCCAAAAUGACAACACUUGGGCAGUUCACGGUAUUGUGAGCUUUGGAUCUGGGCUGGGCUGCAACACUGCUAAGAAUUUUGGGGUGAAGCGCAGCGUUUGA